AAGUCGCCGUCCUCCAUUCUGUCCUCGAAGAAGGACAGGUACAUGCUGAGUCCGUGUGCGGAGGAGAAGCAGUUUGUGGUCGUCGAGCUGUGCGACGACAUCAUGAUUGACACGGUGCAGCUUGCAAACUACGAGUUCUUCAGUGGCGUAUUUAAAGAUUUCACGGUGAGCGUGGCGAAGACGUACACGGCGGGCUGGACGUAUGCGGGCACGUAUCGCGCACAGAACGUACGAGGUGUUCAGUCAUUCCAUCUGUCGACCUUACGCGACUUCUACAGGUUCAUUCGGAUCGAUUUUGAGUCUCAUUACGGCAACGAGUACUAUUGCCCGCUGUCGCUCUUGCGGGUCUAUGGUCUUACGCAUCUCGAGCAGUGGAAAUGGGACGAAUGGGAAUCUCAGAGUCGAGCUCAGCGUACCUUGGAGGAG